CAGGGUCUCCCCAAGUUUAAAGGUUAUUGGAGAAUGUUGACAUGGACUCCUAGUUUUUCCCUCACUUUUACAGGAAAUGAGUUGUACAGUGGAGGAGAGGAAAAUGUACUUGUGAAGUGGCAGCUUUCAGAAGAGAAACGGAGCUUCCUUCCUCGCCUGGGCAUGCAUAUCAGAUUUGUGGUUACAGAUAUUACAAACACUUACAUUGUAACAGCUCAAAAGGAUAAUGCAUUUAGUAUUAUUUCUGCAAAGAAGUACAAGGCAGAAGGGGUUAUCCAAGGACUUGCCAUGAAUACAGAUAAUGCUGAACCCUUCCCAGCUGGCAUUGCAUAUGACCCUUUCACCAGGGCUGUUGUCUUGAAUGGCAGGACAGGUCAUGUUCAGUUUUAUGACUUGCACCAUGGAAAACAGCUCUUCCAUGUAAGUAGCUUACAGCAGAUAUUUUUUAAUAAACUUCUUAGGAAUAUUUUAAAUUCACCAAGUAAUGUAUAUUUGAACGCUUGAAUUUAUCUCGUAUAAGGCGCUACUAAUCUGUAAGGUGUAUUUUGUUUUACCGUGAAGAUUAGAGAUAUCCAUACACUUCUGGCAAGACAGCGAUCAAAUAAAUGACUGUGAA